AUCUCUCAUAGGCCUUGGUCCUGUUUUAAAGGGGACAUUGUCUCAGAGUGUUGAAAAAUUAGAUUCUAAUCCAAUCAAGUGAAUAAAGAUGCCUCGACGAGCCAGGUCAUCGCCAGCUCCCCCACGAGCCGCUCCGAGACGUGCAUCUCCACCACCAGCUGCACGGGCAGCCCCACCCCCUCCACCCCCAUCCUAUGCUGCAUCUCAUCAUGCACCCGCUCACCCUCCGCCCUCGGCUCCAAUGCCCGCAAUGGCUCAACCUAGGCAGCCAGGACUCAUGGCCCAGAUGGCUACAACUGCAGGAGGUGUUGCCAUUGGAUCUGUUGUGGGUCAUGCACUGACAGGUGCAUUAAGUGGAGGUAGGUCAGAUGCUCCUGCUCAACAAGCACCAGUGUCAGACCUUCCAUCUCCCACUUAUGGAGGGAGCACUGGAACUGGGACUGGACCCUGCGCCUAUGAAUUGCGCCAAUUCCUGGAAUGUGCUCAGACCCAACAUGACUUGUCACUCUGUGAGGGAUUCAACGAGGCUCUGCGGCAGUGCAAAAUCGGCAACAAUAUGCAAGUUUGAGGUGCUCCACAUCAUAGCUCAUUCCCACAGUAGAUGUGAACAUUCUUUUAUUCUGUAAGUUUACCUCCUUUCUUUUUGUUACUCAUGUUUCUUCUAUUUUCUCUUUUGUAUCCUUUCCUUUGGUGUCACUUAUCAUGACAUUGCAAAGGCAAAUGGUUGACACUUCCCUUCAUAGUCAUUCAUGUAUUUCCAUUGAACACUUGAAAUAAAGCAGUUUGUGGUAGUUAUGAAAUAUGAAAA